UAAGAAUUAUUCCUGUCUGUCGAUCGCAGUGACAGAUACCACACAUUUUUCGUGGCAGAAGGAAACUUAGCAACAUCGUCUCCUUCUCGACUCAUCCUAUUUAAAGCCCCUCCGUUUCCUCUCCCAUCGUCUCUUCUCACUUUCAUUCAUCGAUUUCUCGCCGGAGGAAAGGAAGCAACAGGAGGGAUCCAAUACUGUGAAUCAACAAGGGUGUAGUAGCGGAUCUUGCUAACCAAACGUAAACUAUUCUAUAUAUUGAGGAAAUGGCCGACGGUGAGGAUAUUCAACCUCUUGUAUGUGACAAUGGUACCGGAAUGGUCAAGGCUGGUUUUGCUGGAGAUGAUGCACCUAGGGCUGUAUUCCCUAGCAUUGUUGGGCGACCUCGCCACACAGGUGUCAUGGUUGGGAUGGGCCAAAAAGAUGCCUAUGUUGGUGAUGAGGCUCAAUCCAAGAGAGGAAUUUUAACAUUGAAGUAUCCUAUUGAGCAUGGCAUUGUAAAUAAUUGGGAUGAUAUGGAGAAGAUCUGGCAUCACACUUUCUAUAAUGAGCUUCGUGUUGCUCCUGAGGAACAUCCUAUCCUGCUCACUGAAGCCCCUCUGAACCCCAAGGCCAAUAGAGAGAAGAUGACUCAAAUUAUGUUUGAAACCUUUAAUGUUCCUGCAAUGUAUGUUGCAAUUCAAGCUGUCCUAUCCCUUUAUGCUAGUGGUCGUACAACUGGAAUUGUGCUUGAUUCUGGUGAUGGUGUGAGCCAUACUGUCCCAAUCUAUGAAGGAUACGCACUCCCUCAUGCUAUUCUUCGUCUGGACCUUGCUGGUCGUGAUCUUACAGAUUCCUUGAUGAAAAUCCUUACUGAGAGAGGUUAUUCCUUCACUACCACUGCGGAGCGAGAAAUUGUUAGGGAUAUCAAAGAGAAGCUUGCCUAUGUUGCCUUAGAUUUUGAGCAAGAGCUAGAGACUGCUAAGACUAGUUCAUCUGUUGAGAAGAGUUAUGAGCUGCCAGAUGGGCAAGUGAUCACAAUUGGAGCUGAGAGAUUUAGGUGCCCAGAGGUUCUUUUCCAGCCAUCUAUGAUUGGUAUGGAAAGUGCUGGUAUUCAUGAGACCACUUACAAUUCCAUCAUGAAGUGUGAUGUAGAUAUUAGGAAGGACUUGUAUGGAAACAUCGUUCUCAGUGGUGGCACUACUAUGUUCCCUGGAAUUGCUGACCGCAUGAGCAAGGAGAUCACCGCCCUAGCUCCUAGCAGCAUGAAGAUAAAGGUCGUUGCCCCUCCUGAGCGGAAGUACAGUGUGUGGAUUGGAGGCUCCAUCCUUGCUUCACUCAGCACUUUCCAACAGAUGUGGAUUUCUAAAGCUGAAUAUGAAGAAUCUGGCCCCUCCAUUGUCCACAGGAAGUGCUUCUGAGUUAAGUUUCAUUUGCAUAUUGUUGUGAAGUUUUGAUGUGAUUUUGUUGUGAGUAUUUUGAGUUUGCUGGAGCGAUACAAUGGACUAUUGGGGAAUUAUUACUAAUGAAUAUCAUUUUACAGUGUUUUGUAUCAGUAAUGAAUGUAUUGUAGUGUAGAUAAUAAUAACAUUUUCUUAGAGUUUGGUCAA